CUGAGUUGCUCCGUGGGAUCGCGCAUUAUAGUACGACAAGACGAGCGUGAUCGACUAUUUGCUUCUGAAAACUUCGCUUGUCACUUUCGGCUUCAGGUAUCGAGUCGUUUGCGCCCAGCCUAAGAUUUUUUUGUUAGGUUACCUCAUUCAUUUGACCAUCAUAACGAUGGCACUGGACGCGAAAGAGAUCGAAUUGAAAGCCAAAGCUCUCACGAAGGCUGCAACUCAGAAUGAACCACCCGCCAAUAUAGUGUCGCUGUUGAAGGAAUUACAACAAGGCGUCAAGGCCUCGGAAGACUUACUGCGGUCUACUCGCGUUGGUAUCAUAGUCAACAAAUUCAAGCAACACAAAGCGCCAGAAGUCGCACGGUUAUCGAGUGAGAUUGUUUCCAAGUGGCGGAACGAGGUCAAUAAGCAGAAAGCAAGUGGCUCGGCUUCUGCUAGUCAGCGAUCAAGCGCGUCGCCGCGCCCCCCUCAGAACGGAACUGCUUCACCUGCCAGCGCGACUCCUUCCGACAAGAUGUCGAAGCUAGCUGUGCCGCCAGACAAGCGGACGUGGAAGGCGGAUGGGAUUGAUAUCAAUCAGACGGGUAACCGAGCGCGCGAUAACUGUAUCGGACUCAUGUAUGAUGGACUCUGUCUACACUCAGCCGAACCGCCGAAGGCCGUUCUAUCAAAGGCCGCAGCAGUCGAAGCGGCGGCAUAUGACGCCUACGGACCAGAAACGAAAGAACCCUACCGUACGAAGAUCCGCAGUCUAUUCCAGAAUCUCAAGAACAAGUCCAACCCAACGCUUCGAGUUCGUGUUUUAAGCAACGAGGUCACCCCUGAACGAUUCGUGAAAAUGACACAUGAGGAGCUCCGAUCCGACGAACAGCGCGAGAAAGAUCGAAAGAUUCAAAAGGAGAACAUGGAUAAGGCCAUGGUGGCCCAGGCAGAGCGCAGCAUUAGUACAAGCUUGCAAUGCGGCAAAUGCGGACAGCGCAAGGUCACCUAUACUGAAGCGCAGACCCGCAGUGCCGACGAACCGAUGACGCUGUUUUGCACAUGCAUGCAUUGCGGAAAAUCAUGGCGCCAGUAACCCUUCUUCUUCCAUUCAACUUUUUUCUUUUCUAUGUUUGCCUACCAUAUGUCCUGGAUUAUCACGGAGGCGCGGAGUUCGAGGGUCAUUUCAAGGAGGGAGUCUUGCUGGUGGUUCGGGCAACGGUUGCGCGACCAGAUUUUGUGUCUUCAUUAUCAUCAUUGUCCGGCUCAGUUUUGAGCCGUUUGCUAGGUUGGUAGACACCAGGAAAGAUUGCAUUACCUUUCCAAAGCUAUCACUACAAUGCAAGUAGUAAAAGCG